GUUUGGUCCUAUUUUUCUCACAGUAACUUUUUUUAGGCAUGAACGCCGAGACGUGCGUCUCAUACUGCGAUAUGACAUCCAUGGAUUCAUAUUAUAGCCCCUCUGCACCGCAAGGUAGGGAUCAUCCGACGAACCCGUUUAGGACAUUCCAAGCGAGUGACACCAAAUACAGCCCCACUUUCCUGCCAAACAAAGGUCAGGCUUACGGAGAAAAGUCUCGGAGCCCAUUCCAACAGGAGUGUCAGUCAUUGGAUGCCACCGCUGGGGAAGGCACCUUUAACAAAUAUCACCUCUUCAUGCAGAGGUCUUCUUGCAAAACCCCCCCGGAAGGAGGCAAACUGCACCAAGAAAGCGGACACAACGGAGCGCUCAUUCCCUGCUAUGGUAAAGACAGCUCAGGACUGACAGACUCUGACCUGACCCCGAACUCUGACCCCUCUGGGAUGGACGGCAGCUACCUGAGUGUGAAGGAUCAAGGCGUGAAGGGCCCCUCGGACCGACCGGGCUCGGACAUGGCCAGCCCCAUGGACAAGGGCGAGGGUGAGAGCAACAAGGGCAAGAAGAGGCGUAACCGCACCACCUUCACCAGCUACCAACUGGAGGAGCUGGAGAAGGUCUUCCAGAAGACCCACUACCCAGAUGUGUACGCCCGUGAGCAGCUGGCCCUCCGGACUGACCUGACUGAGGCCCGGGUACAGGUGUGGUUCCAGAAUCGCCGAGCCAAAUGGAGGAAGAGGGAGCGCUUUGGUCAGAUGCAGCAGGUUAGGACACACUUCUCCACGGCGUACGAGCUGCCUCUUCUAGCCAGACCUGAGAACUAUGCACAGAUACAGAACCCAUCAUGGAUUGGUGGCGGCAGUGGAGCGUCCCCUGUACCAGGCUGCGUAGUGCCCUGUGACUCAGUCACAUCCUGUAUGACCCCUCACCCUCACUCUGGCAGCGGCGUAUCUGACUUCCUGGGCGUCCCGAACCCUGGGGGUCACAUGGGACAGUCACACAUGGGCAGCCUGUUUGGGGGUCCUGGCAUGGGGUCAGGAAUCAACGGGUACGAUCUGAACAGCAUGGACCCGGACCGCAAGUCCUCCAGCAUCGCCGCCUUGCGUAUGAAGGCCAAGGAGCACAGUGCAGCCAUCUCCUGGGCAACAUGAUGCCUCAACAGCAGCAGGACAGGUGCCUCUGGGAACCCCACCACGUCCAAACCAAGCCAAAGCAGAGAGGGUGGCCAGUCUGUGCUACUAUAACAGAAAUAUUGAUAAUCUAAAAUAAUAAUGAUGAUAAAAGCCAUAGCAAAUUGCUGAAGAGGAGAGAAAAGAGACUAACAAAUCUGGACAGUGCACUUCUUUAUUUUGUGUUUCUGAUGGGAGAGACCAGUGGACAUCAGAGAUGAACAACAGUCAGUCAGUCAGGUAGUCAAAGCAUGAGGUGAGAGGCAGGAAAUCAAGAAUUAGACCUAUCCUUAACGAGACAAAUGAAUUGGUUGCUUGUUGGAAACAAUGUGCUGGUUAUACAGUAGCUAUAAACUAAAAAACAACAAAAAGAACAAAAAAAAGCUGAAUAGAUUUGAACCAAUCCCUGCACUUAUUCAGUUAAUACAGGUAAUGCUGUUUGUACAGAUAUUGAGAUGCGUCCGCUAACACACCUGCUAUUGAGUGUCAAUAUAGCUUUUUCUGUUCAGGUGUUAUUAUACUUUCUUGUUUUCCGGUAUUUAAAUUUUAAGUGUGUAUUUCUUUAUUCAUUUUGAUCCUGGUUUUGUCACAGAAUCCCUUGUCCCUUUCUGUCAGACUGUGUGCAAGUGCAACUGUUCUCUCCACAUAAACUGCAAACUGAUAUUCACACACAUACAUUGGGCCUGAUUUGGGUCUGUGUGUACAUUUGGGUUUCCUAAGGUCAUUUUGGUCAGCUUCACUUCAAGGAGAGGGGUGUAGGUAACGGUCAAGACCAAAGCCGAUUCAUCUCCGUCAGACUAACUGAAAGAGUGCUGAUAAAAUCAGUCAUAUUCUUCAGUUUGGGAAAGAGGUAAACCAUUUCAAAGGUAGCUUACUGUUUCUGGUUUGCAUGGUCAGCACUAGCAUACUUUAGGUUGGUGCUACCUUCCAACAUUUAAAUGUCAGAUAUAAAUCAAGGUUUGUUUAAGUGCGGGCAAACGGAGAGCCCUACUUGCCCCGCUGAUGGGCCGUCACUGAGCCAAAGAGGGACGGGGACGAGGAAGUGGUGUGUGUGAGUGUGAGUGUGAGAGAGGUGUACAGCAGGCCUGCUGGGGGCUACAGGGUCUGAGAGCACCAGACAGGCUCAGCUCUGUUUGCAGGAGGAGAUUCAAAGUGGACAUGCCAUUUCCUCCCUUGGCAUUUCCUCACCUCACAUUUCCACCUAGGGAGUUACAGGAAAAGUGCCCUCCAGUCCCUUUGCCAGAAAUAACACCCAGCGGCAGCCUUGAACAGCAGAGAGGCAGUGUAGAUUAUAUAGACAGUUUUUGAGGGAGGAUAAUAAAAUGGUGACUAGUUCAGUGGUCAGUGGUCAAUGUUGACCACUGUCUCUUUUCAUGCAAAGCCUCACUAUAGUGGGAUGGUAUUCUCAAUGGAGAACCUUUGGUGCUUUUGUUAGAAGUAUUACUUUGUCUCCACACAAAAUAAGCCGUCAGUCAGUUUUAUACUGGGAACCCCAGGUCUCUUUCCACUUGGAGGAGACUUGUGAAGUGAAUCCCUGUGAAACAGUUUGUUGAGGCAGAGGAGGGCUGUGAAUUGGCUGCAGAUCAUGAUGGACUUGGGGGAACGUGUACUGCACAACUUUAUGCCAUCUCUCACUCACGGUUUAUUUUCCUCUUGGAGAGAGCCAUCAGUAGGCCCUUAGCAGCUCCACUCGGUUCCUAAACCAAUGUGCUCUUAUGCAUCUCUCAGUCCCAGAUGCAAUGUAUGGCCUUUCGCUGUUAGAGACACAUGUAAGUUCAAUGCUGAAUUUCCUGAAGGUGUGUAAAGAAUGUGGAGAGGCUGCGUUCCAUGAGAGAGGUGUCAGAGUAGCAGGCUGUCAUAAAGACUGGAUAGCACUCUAGCAGAGCUCUGAAAGAGCUAAGCAUCUAGCAGCCAUAUACAUCUGCCCUGCCAACCCAGUGCAAUUCAUUCUGCUCUCAAGACCUUAUUUCCAUGUUUGCAUCAACAUGAUCACUUUACCAAUGACAGUAGAGAUAUGUUGUUAGAAAUUCCUCAUUCUCCGCGGUCUGCUGUCCUCCUGACAGCUUUAGCAUGACGACUUGAGUUGAGCAGGCUGAAUUUUGAGCCCGGCUUCAUUAACUUUUUGGCAUAGGGUCUGAGCAGGACCAUUUCAAGAAAAACCACCAGCAUACCAGGAUGAGGAUCCAAUUACAGCCCCCCGGCAACAAACAGAUUGCCCCCCCCCCCCCCGUCAACAAACAGAUCCCUACCCUUAUAGUCCCCCGUCCAAUCCCCAUCCGUCCCGUCCCGUCCCUGGCAACAAACAGAUCCUCCUGUCCCACCCCUUAUAGCCCCCCCAGGGAACAACCGGAUCCCCCGUCCCUGCACCUCAGUGUGGACAUGGGACAAUGUGGGGGGCAAACUGUAUUCCGUGCUUUCAAUGGCUCCAUGUCACGAUUUGCGGAGGUGACAGAAAUAGUAGACGUGUUCCAUCAUCUUAUGCAUUAUGGGCUUUCUGUUUUCCCAAGGUCCCAUUUGGAUCAAGUCAAAACAAAAGGUCUCAUAGAUUUGAAGCCAAAUAUGAUACCCCAUGCACCUUAAGUGGAGAAUACAUCUCUAAUUCACCAACACAAGCCCCUUUCACUAGGUAGCUCUGCUAGGAUAUAGUGGUAUGUAGGAUCCAGGAUGAACUGUCAGCAUCUACACUAGGUAGCUCUGCUAGGAUAUAGUGGUAUGUAGGAUCCAGGAUGAACUGUCAGCAUCUACACUAGGUAGCUCUGCUAGGAUAUUGUGGUAUGUACGAUCCAUGAUGAACUGUCAGCAUCUGCACUAGGUAGCUCUGCUAGGAUAUUGUGGUAUGUACGAUCCAUGAUGAACUGUCAGCAUCUGCACUAGGUAGCUCUGCUAGGAUAUUGUGGUAUGUACGAUCCAUGAUGAACUGUCAGCAUCUGCACUAGGUAGCUCUGCUAGGAUAUUGUGGUAUGUACGAUCCAUGAUGAACUGUCAGCAUCUACACUAGGUAGCUCUGCUAGGAUAUUGUGGUAUGUACGAUCCAUGAUGAACUGUCAGCAUCUCCACUAGGUAGUUCUGCUAGGAUAUAGUGUUAUGUACGAUCCAGGAUGAACUGUCAGCAUCUACACUAGGUAGCUCUGCUAGGAAAUAGUGUUAUGUACGAUCCAGGAUGAACUGUCAGCAUGUACACUAGGUAGCUCUGCUAGGCUAUAGUGUUAUGUAUGAUCCAGGAUGAAUUGUCAGCAUCUACAAACAGUGGAUCAGAAACCCUUUCCAAAUGACGACUCAGAUUGGAUCCAGUUUUACAUGGCAGUUCAAGCCUAAUGCAUGAACAUACUGCUGACAACAUGACUUGUCUCUCAGUGUUUGGAGGUGCUCCUCUGAGAUUUGGAGAUGGGGCCCCUGUGCUCUCAUAGGCCGCUCUAAGGGGUUGCUGGGAGUGCGAACGGGCCGCGGCGUUCCGGUGUUCUGGGAAAAGGACAGUGCACACAGCUGCGCUCAGGGGAUAAAUGCAAAACAAACAUGCCUCGCACAUGCUUCCCCUCAGCUGUCAUGGCUCCAUUUUCAAAGAAGCCCCCACACUGCACUAGGGCUCUCUCUUUCGCUCCUCUGGCCGAAUGCCUGCCCCUCCGUCACUACGGCCAUACACAGCCGCACAGCCAGGCUGCAGCCUUUUUAAUUAACACUGGGACAUCUGUGGACAGGGAUUCUUUCUGGGAUUGUGUGACAGAACAGACAAAGCAACCCGUGGCCCUGUGCUUCAGGUUGGCCUAUAGCUGUCUCUGACUAGGGCCUGUAGGGUUUACAGUGCUGGGUUGGGUGCUUCUCAGAGCUCAAACACACAUGAAGCUCAGGUCGACACAGAGUUGAUUUGUUUACCUUUUUCGUCAUGUUUUUGAAAACAUUUGAAUUUCUUUAUUUAUAGACAUGUUCUGUUAUCUGCAGUUCUCUAUUGAUUGAGAAGGACAAAACCGAAAGCUCAGUGUUAAAGACUGCAGAAACGUACAAGCCCAUAUGAAUGAAGCCUUCUUGGAUGAAUCACAGGUUAAUAUGUAAAUAUUCUCUUUCUCAUCUACCCUAAUCGAGGCACAGCUUGCCUUAGGGCCUUAACUGAUCAGAUAUGCAGAAUUUAAGUAGUUGCGAAACGGCUUGUAUAUCAGCUCAUCCUGUUGUAGCCUGCAGGGGUCCCAGUCUGUCCCUCGGUGAUGAUGUCACCUUUCACACCACCCCUAUCAUUUCUAAACUACUGAAGCAGGGCAAUAAAAAUAAGUAAAUACUUAUUAUAAUAUAAAACUGUGUGUUGUGUGUGCAUGUAAAAAAAAAAGUUUUAAAUGUAAAUUGGACUGAUUUACAGUCAUUUACAAAGACCCUUGAAAUGUUACUAAUUUGAUGUAAAGUAUUGCUUUAUCUUUGUGAGAUACUUGUGGGUUGGUUUUUGAGUGAUCCUUCUGAAGGGGGUGGGUGUUCUUGGUUUGUUGAGUUUCCAAGUAUUUUGAAAGGUUUUUGUGGCUUUAAGCUAUAUUGUACGGCUUUUUAAUUAAUGAUGGUAUACUUUUACUUGUGUUCAUGUUCUCAUAUAUAUUUUGUGUGAGUUACUAUAGUACAGUAAGUUAUUGCACUUACAUAAUACUUUAGAAAAUUAUUUUACAAGCAUUGAGAGCAAAACUGUUGUUCAUCACAUACUUAUUUAAGAAACACACACACACACACACACACAAAACUGCAUCAACUACAAAUUGUUUUAACGGAUAAUUGAUGUGCAGCUUCAAUUGUCACGAGUAAUUUCAUAUUGUUCCCACCAAUUCUUUAAAGGUCCAGUGCAGUCCAAAAUGUGAUUUUCCUGGUUUUAUAUAUUCCACACUAUGAGGUUGUAAUAAUACUGUGACAUAGUGAAAAUUAUAAUGCCCUUUUAGUGUAAGAGCUGUUUGAAAAGAUUGCAUGAAAUGUCAGCCUGUUGUGGUGGGAUGGAGUUUUGGCCUACCUGGUGUCAACACCAGGCAGUACAAUUAGUUAAUAGACCAUUAAGAGAGUUACAACCUGCUCUGCCAAUAACAGCUGGUGUUCAGUUCUCCCCUCCCCACUCAGACCACUCCCAGACAGUCUAGCAAAAUUCUUGCUUGAGAAAUUGCUCUUUGCUAAGAAGUUAUUUUUGCUUAUUUUUGACCAUUUUAAUUGAAAUCACAGUAAGGUACUUUACUGUUACCCUGAAAUAAUUUAAUAUUGCGAUUAAAAAGGCCUCAUUGGACCUUUAAACAAACAAUAAAACACAUUUAGUCAAGGUCAGCGCUCAAUAUUUGACAAUCUUUCUAUGCUGUUGUGUGGUGUGAAUGAUACUACUGCAGAAGGAUUCCUAUUCUCACGGAAAGGUCCUACAUUUAAAGACUGGGAUGUUUUUAGGAUGGCAACUCCAAGGAUUAAUUAAGAGUAGCAGUUUUCACAAUGUCCUGCGGCAAUGGGCAACAACAUCUGACCGUAAUAAUAAUGGAGAUUUCUGGGAUUCUGGUGUUGUUCUGUUUUUACUGAUGUCUAUAUAAUUAGGAUGGAGGGGUGGGAGGGCCUUCAAUAAAAAUCUAGUGUAAAAAAAGAAACAAAUUAACAAGUCCAUCUUCUUGCAUUACAUAUCAUCUACCUAAUGUUUCAUGAUUGCAUCAGCUGCAGUGACAGCCUAAAAUCCCUCUGUAUUUCAGACAUGAGGGCUGAAAUGAGAUCGCACAGCCUCCAAGAAUUUUACGCUAAUUGAAGUCGACAAAAAUACUAACAGCGCCAUUUUGAACUGCUGACAUUGUACAGGGUGGAUUAGGGAGCGUAUAUUAACAGGUGACAGGCGAGGCUGAACAGCGGUGCUCCACACGGCCUGGCUGUCACAACAGCCCUGGUCAGACAUGGGCUUUCACCAAAUCAGAAUGAGGACAGAGAGCGUGACAGACACAGAGGCCUGCUACUGCUGACUGCAUGAGAAAACCACUCAUCU